GGCGGCCCAGUCAGCGCUGUCGACUUCUCACCGGAUGGUAAGACAGUCGCUUCUGCAGGAGGAGAUGAUCACAAUAUACGGCUCUGGGAUGCGGCUACGCUCACCCCGCUCUUAGUCCUUCACGGUCAUUCCGACGACAUUCUUGAUAUCGAGUAUUCUCCAAACGGUGCUCACAUCGUUUCGGCUGCUGAAGAUGAAACAGUCAAGAUUUGGGACGCUGUAUCUGGCAUGCUUAUCAGCACCCUGGAAGGGCAUACGAGUGGGGUCAACUGCGCAGUCUUCACGCACGAUGGCAGGCGUGUCGUCUCCGGCUCUGACGAUCAUUCCAUUAAGAUCUGGGAUGUCGAGAUUGGAGCCUGUUUGUCGACCUUGACCAUGCACCGGGACUGUGUUUUAUCCAUUGCUGUGUCUCCAGAUGGCCUUUGGAUGACAUCAAGCUCAAAGGACUUAAACGCUGUUCUUGUCCUGGACGUUGCUCGUGGCGGUGUUCGACAUGCAUUUACAGGUCACAUCCGGUCUGUCAGUACCGUCGCUCACAAUCGAGACGGGACUCGCAUCGUGUCUGGCUCGUGGGAUGGUACCCUCCGACUUUGGGAUAACGCUGUUCUUGUCCUGGACGUUGCUCGUGGCGGUGUUCGACAUGCAUUUACAGGUCACAUCCGGUCUGUCAGUACCGUCGCUCACAAUCGAGACGGGACUCGCAUCGUGUCUGGCUCGUGGGAUGGCACCCUCCGACUUUGGGAUGUGGCGAAGCGUGGAUUUUGGGGACACAGUGGCUACAUUCGCUGCAUCGCUUUUUCCCUCAAUGGAAGACGCAUCUCGACGGGCUCUGAUGAUAUGACUGUCAUUGUGUGGGACGUCGCCACUGGAACAUCCCUAGUGACAUUCAAGGAACAUAACACACCCGUUUGGUCAGUCACUUUCUCUCCGAGUGGGGACCACCUCGUGUCAGGAGGGGUUGAUUGUCGUGUUCUAGUGAGGAAUUUGGAGGGAGGAGAACUACUCCAGUUCGAGGGACAUGCAGACACAGUAGGGUUGGUCGCCUUCACCCCUGAUGGAGAAGUCAUAAUUUCCUCGUCAGACGAUACGACCAUGCGACUCUGGGACACCAAAAUGGAGGCUUGCCUCCUAGUCCUAGACCCAAUGAUGUGGCACCGCACCAUACAACUGUCUCCCGAUGGUUCAGGCAUCAUUAUGAGUGGCGGAAAGCGAGCUGUUCAGCUCUGG